AUGGUCAUGGACGACAUCUUCCUCGGCCUCUCGGCCGCGAUCGUCAGCGUCACGCGCGAGCAGGACGUCUUUGCCUACGGCGUGCUGCUCGAGAACGGCGCCGCGCGCUGGAUUCUCCACAAGCGCUUCUCGGACUUUCAUCGGUUCCGGCGAGUCCUCCUCAUGAUGACGCGCUGCAGCGACUGCGAGUGCCGCUUGCUCCAUGCGCCGCUCGCGGGCCUCGCCUUUCCUCGGCGGAGCCUCGCGUUCUGGCGCAAACCCGAGCGGGUCGCUCUCGACCGCCAGGACCGGCUCACGCACUUCGUCUCGGUCCUCCUCAGUCUUUUGCAGCCGUCGACGCACGCGUACACGUGCAACGGGACGUCGUGCCCGAUCUUGCGGCUCAUUCGCAAGUUCCUCGAGGUCCGUGGCCACCACCACGACGCUCUUCUGCGGCGACUUCCACUGAGCGCAGCGAGUCGCAGCCGGAAGCUCUCGGAGCCCAUCUACACGAUUCGCGAGCACGACGAGAUCAUCAAUAGCCCCGUGCAUGCUCCUCUCAAGAUGCCGCAUCCUGGCCGACCGCCGCUCGCCGGUGUCUUUGCCACGAUCGUGAGCCUCGACAGCCUCGACACUCGCACGCUCCACGAGGACGAGGCGUACACGCUCACGACAACGCAGAGUACCACCAACGUCAUUUCGUACAGCAUCCUCGUCGACACCGGCGCCGAGCGCUGGCUGGUGCCCAAGCGGUUCUCAGAGUUUUAUGCUUUUCGACAGACGCUCCUCCGCCUUUGCGCCGCUAGCAUUUGCGACUGCCAUACACUGCAUUCGGCGCUCGCGGCCGUGCUCUUCCCGCGCAAACACGAGCGCUUUUGGUGCAGCGCGCAGACAAUCGCGGCCGCGCGCAAGGACCGCCUCGACCAUUUUCUCUUUGUCUUGCUCUCGGUCCUCCAGAGUCCGCACCACUUGACCGACUGCGAGCUCGCGCUCUGCCCCGUCCUCACGUACAUUAAGACCUUCCUGCACAUCGACCCGAACUCUCGAAAAGAGCUCACGGCACUGCCGCCGCGCCGCGCACCGUCGUUAAUGAUGUUGCAUCGGGGCUCGAGCCUCGGUCUCCCGCGACGGUCCAACGUGCUUUUGUAA